GCACCAACACCGGUACAUAGGCGCAGCCCGGCGUGUCCUUGGACUUAGAGAGCGGGACGUCCGGCUUCACACUGGGAAUCCUCGUGCCGUCAGCAACCAAAGAGAGAAUUAACUAUGGGUGAUGUUGAGAAAGGCAAGAAGAUUUUUGUUCAGAAGUGUGCCCAGUGCCACACUGUGGAAAAGGGAGGCAAGCACAAGACUGGGCCAAAUCUCCAUGGUCUCUUUGGGCGGAAGACAGGUCAGGCUGCUGGAUUCUCUUACACAGACGCCAAUAAGAACAAAGGCAUCACCUGGGGAGAGGAUACACUGAUGGAGUAUUUGGAGAAUCCCAAGAAGUACAUCCCUGGAACAAAAAUGAUCUUCGCUGGCAUUAAGAAGAAGGGAGAAAGGGCAGACUUGAUAGCUUAUCUCAAAAAAGCCACUAAUGAGUAAUAAUUGGCCACUGUCUUAUUUAUUACAAA